CUAUGUGUUUUGAUGGUUCGUGGAAGAAAAGGGGUUGGACAUCUUUUCAGGGAAUUGCUGGCGCAAUAGCCGAUAGUACAGGGCAAGUCCUAGAUGUUGUUUUCAAAAAUAGUUAUUGCAGACUCUGUAAUCAAAUGCAAGAUAAGAAAAGCACUAAUGAAAUAAGUCAACUGGAUUAUCUCAAUUGGUAUUGUGAUCAUGAACCUGAUUGUUUUUUAAACCAUGAUGGAAGCCCUCAUAAAAUAGAAUCAGACGGAGUCGUCGAGAUGUAUAUGCGGUCAUUAGAGAAACACAACAUUCGUUAUUUACCUUUCAUUGGCGACGGUGAUAGUUCCUCAUUCAGAUCGGUAGAAAGUUUGAUGCCAUAUGGACCUUUGGUGAAUAUCGAAAAACAUGAGUGCGUGAAUCAUAUAACAAGAAGAAUGGGAACUGGAUUGAGAUCACUUUUAAAAGAAUUUAAAGGCAGAAAACUUUCUGAUGGAAAAAGUCUUGGAGGCAGAGGAGGAGGUUUAACAAUCGCCAAGUGUGACGUUAUUCAGAAUUUUUACGGUAAAUCAAUCCGCGAUAAUAAGGGAGAUGCAAAAGCGAUGUCAGAGGCUGUUUGGGCAAUUCUAGAGCAUUAUUCAAGUUCCUCUGAUGAACCACGACAUCAAAGAUGCCCAGUCGGGCCCACAUCUUGGUGCAGCUAUAACCGUGAUUUGUGCUUAGGCACUAAUGCUCAUAAACCGUUGAAAAAUCCACUAAGACCUGCUGUUCGCGAAACUUUGAUUCCACUGUUUACGCGUUUAGCCAAUCAGGAGUUUUUAGAAGGUGUAAAACAAUGCUAUACACAAUAAUGCUAUAUACAUGCCUGGGUUUCCCUCGCUGUUUUUUUUCUGCAGUGUUUUAUUUGCUUUUGGCAUUUUUAUAUUCUUAUUGUAACAAAUAUUUUCACAAAACAAAAAUGAAAGUUGAACAGAAUCGUAUUCUCGAUUAUUACAUUUCCUGUUUUUGAACAUUUAUAUUCAUAUUUUACCCUCAAACCCCCUGACGUGAGAAAAAAUAUCAUCAUAUUAGAAACAAAUGCUUUGAGAAUUAUUAAUUUUGCUUUAUUAUGACGGGGGCAUUCUUAUGCAAAAAAAAUGUUGAAUAAGAGUUCCGCAAGUUCACUUUAAAUAACUAAUGAAUAAUUAAAUAUUCUCUUUUCAAUUUCUUGUAAACAAUCACAGGUCGAAAGAAAAAACUUCGUUAACGAAUAUCUCUGAAUAAUUUUUUCGUAAAAUUUUCGGUUGCGUACUCUUCUUAAAAGGGAUCUGUCUCAAAAAUACAUUAGAUGACGUCAUGAAACUUUCGUUUUCGGCUUCACGAGUGUUUGAUCUCUACUCGCGUGUCUCAUUUUAAUUUUUGGUCAGCGGAUUUGGAUGCAAAAGUGAUUGAAAGAGAAAGGAAAAAAAAUUGAGUGUUAUUUUUAUGAUCUUAUAGAUGUUUUACGGCAUAUUUUUAAAACGAUUAAAGUUGAGAAAAAAAUGAGACACGCGAUUUAAAUUCAGACUAUGCUGAACAUGUGGACAUAUUUUUUUUUCUGAAAACUUGUAUACUUUUGAGACAAAUCCCUUCACAGUUGGCCACACCCACUUUUUAAGACUUUCGACUAUAUUUUUUUUCUGUUACAACAUUUUAAUUUUUUUUUUCAUAAUAUUGUAGAACAAACUUUUGUUAACAAGUACAUAUAUACUUUUAUAAUGUUUUUUUAAAAGGAAAGUUGGAAAAAAAUGCUUUAUACAGAAGAGGUGUAAUUUACCAUACCGCUACCUUAACGUCUGUUUUCCAUGCUAGCAUGGGUUGGAUGGGUAUUAAUGACCCUCUACCAAUCUGAUCUAAACUGUGUUAGAUCUAAACUCAACUUCCUCUGUAUCAAGUCUGUCCUUAUAACCUCCUGCCAAGUCUUUCUCGGUCUGCCUCUGGGCUUUGCCCCAGGAACUAUCAAGUCUCUAAACUUUCUUACUCAAUUUCUAUCAAAAUUAAAGUUUCAAUCUUUCUUAAAAUAUAAUAAUUUCUAUCGCUUAAAAGCUUUAUUUAACCCGCGCAACCAACAAUGCAUUCUCGCUAGUUUAUUUAGUUACCACACAAAACUUUUGUUUAAAAAAAAUAUUAAACAAUGACUCUUCGUGUCACAUUGAUAUAGUUGAUAACAUUUGCAAUUAUGCUAUUGGGAAUAGUUAUGUUAACACUAUUUAACAAUAGUUACGCGCAGUUAUAAUAAGCUAUUUUUUCUUCGAUAAUCUUUUGUUUAUUACGCGCAAGUUAAUGACUUAUAAGACUCGCAAGAUAAUUAAUAAGAACAAAAGACAAACAACUACCGCCUCCGAGAAAAAGGUGUGAAACUUGAGCGUACGCGUACGCUUACAUCUGGACUGUACUGUAUCCCCCUCCAUUCUAUCCAAGUGCCCCAGCCAAUGCAAUCUUCUUAUCUGAAUAACAUCUUUAAUUCUACGGAUACUUAGCCUGCUUCUUAGUUCAUCUGAACUCUUUCUGUCUUUUAGACUGGCGUUACACAUCCACCUAACCAUUCUCAUAUCAUUCCUUUCUAAACGGUCAAGAUCUUCUUGCUUCACUGCCCAUGUCUCACUACUGUACAACAUAAUGCUUCCUACACAGGCCUCAUACAACCUACCUUUUAACUUAAUUGCCAAGACUCUGCUAGUCAACAAAGGAAGUAACUCUCUGAACUUUUUCCAAGCAGAACGUAUCCUGCAAGUAACACUUAUUCCAACACAACUAUCUCUAAUGAGCCACUGUUGUACAUCAUUGAAGCUGGAAAUACUUCAUUCUCUAUAAUCUCACCUUUGCAACGCUUGCAUACAAACUGAAUGUCAGCCCUUAACCUUCCACUAAUACUACUGUACUUCUUAUGUACCCAAUGCUCGCAAGUCUGACAAAAAAUUGAGUUACUACCAACCCCUUUUCUGCAAACUCCACAAGGCCACUUUCCAACUACAAGGUCACACUUGGUUGCAAUGCUACUAAUCAUGACUUUACUAAUCAUGCUGUGUUCACCCUUAGCCCUUUCUCUUCUAGUCCUUUCUUCCACUUCUCAAACUUUUCAACCAAUUCUUCCAUCGACUCUGCUAUGAGAACCAAAUCAUCUGCAUAAAAUAACUCCCAUGGACAACCUGUUUUGUACUUAAUCGACAGCGCUUCUAAGACUAGAAAAACAACAAAGGACUAAGUACAAAACCCUGAUGUACACCAACAUUUGUACUAAAUUCAUCCACAUUUUCUCAUAGCCCACCAAAUAACUUUACUUGGCAUUCUAUCAAAAGCUUUCUCUAAAUCUACAAAGGCAAAAUAGAGAUUCUUUCUCUUUCCUAAAUACUUUUCCUGAAGCUGUCUGAGUAAAAAUAUUGCAUCUGUAGUGCCACGCCCUGGAACAAAACCAAAUUGCAUCUUAUCUAUAUCAAUUCUUUUUCUAAGUAACUUAUCAAUUACUCUUUCAAUAACUUUCAUUACUUGAUCAACCAACUUCAAACCUCUAUAGUUACCUCUUUCUAAUGCAUCACCCUUGCCCUUGAAACAAUUCACUAUUACACUCGCCUGCCACUCGCUAUAUAUAUAGCACCAUCCUUUAUAAUCUGGUUAGCAAGACUUGUAAUAAGCUCAACUCCAAUAUAUCCAGAUGCUUUUACCAUAUCUGCAACAAUACCUGAUACUCCUGCAGCCUUGCCAAUCUUCAAUUGCCUAACAGCCUCCACUACCCAUUCUGUCUUGAUCUGCAUAGCUGGCCCUUCUCAGACAAAUUAUCCUCAUCCCAAUCAAACUCAGUGUUAAGCAACCUCUGAUAAUAAUUUUUCCAAGCUACCCUUUUCUCCUCCUCUGUGCUAGCCAAAACACCUUCAUCAUUACGUAUACACUUCUCACCUACAGUACAGUCUGAAUGUAAUCUAUCGCGGACGCGAAACUCGCAUGAAUAGUUACAUGAACAAUAACAUUGCGAUAGCUUUUGUUUUUUUAAGAAAAUAAUUGCCUCGCUGAUAAACAAUUACCCCACGCGAUCGUUUGUUUAAUCACAAUAGGUUGCAAGAUCAAUUUUUAGCAAUCUAUUUUGCGCGAACUCUUUACAAAUUUUUAGUUGCAGUAAUUAAAUAUGAAAGUUUAGAUUGCAUUUUAAAAGUUUAAAAACCAAAAGCGGCGAUAGAAAUGUUUUUUAAGAUCGUAUUUUAAGUUUAAAAACAAAAAGCGCCGAUAGAAAUGUUUUUUUAAAUCGCAUUUUAAAAGUGUAAAAACAAAAAGCAGCGAUAGAAAUGUUUUUCUAAAUCGCAUUUUAAAAGUUUAAAAACGAAAAGCGGCGAUAGAAAAUAUUUUUUAGAUCGCAUUUUAAAAGUUUAAAAACGAAAAGUGGCGAUAGAAAUGUUUUUUUAAAUCGCAUUUUAAAAGUUUAUAAACGAAAAGCGGCGAUAGAAAGGAUUUUUUAGAUCGCGUUUUAAAAGUUUAAAAAAGAAGAAUGGCGAUAGAAAUGUUUUUUUAGAUUGCGUUUUAAAAGUUUAAAAAAGAAGAACGGCGAUAGAAAUGUUUCAUUUGUUUCAAUAAAAAAGUAUGCGGAAGGAUUAUUUUACGUUGUUUGU